GUACGUAGAUGAUGUGAUCAGUCGCAUUGACAGGAUGUUUCCCGAAAUGUCUAUCCAGUUGUCCAGGCCGAAUGGAACCUCUGCGAUGCUCCUGGUUACCUUAGGAAAAGUUUUAAAAGUGAUCGUGGUGAUGCGGAGUCUCUUCAUUGACCGCACGAUAGUAAAAGGAUACAACGAAAAUGUCUAUACUGAAGAUGGCAAGCUUGACAUAUGGUCCAAAUCCAACUAUCAAGUAUUCCAGAAGGUGACAGAUCAUGCAACGACAGCGCUCCUGCACUACCAGCUGCCUCAGAUGCCCGACGUGGUCGUGAGAUCUUUCAUGACCUGGUUGAGAAGUUACAUAAAGCUGUUCCAGGCUCCGUGCCAGCGCUGCGGAAAGUUUCUGCAGGAUGGCCUGCCGCCCACGUGGAGGGAUUUCCGCACGCUCGAAGCUUUCCAUGACACUUGCAGGCAGUAGGAUCUGCCCGGCCCUGCACG